AUGGAUCAAGAUGACAUGGUCACUUCUCCUCGUAAGAAGGUCAAGACCGAUCAUUCUUCAACUCAAGAUUUCAGUAUGACUAUCAAACCGACUGUAGCACCAUCUGUUCAAGGAAAGGUAAGUAAUGCUCCUGCACCAUCACAUCCUCAAGGCGGACGUCACAGCAAGGAAGAAUUAUGUGGCAUAACCGAAUUCGUAAGUCCGGACGCGCUCAGUUUUUCUGGUAUUAUAAAGAAAAGAUACACCGAUUUUCUUGUGAACGAGAUUUUACCUUCAGGCGAAGUUCUUCACCUUCAAAAUCUCAAAGCCCCUACUAAGGACCCUCAAGAUCGUCACAAUACGGGGGCACAAGUGACGACAAAUGGGUCAUCUAACAGUGGGGCAGCCGCUUCACGCAGCCCAAGCGCACAGAAUCACACACCUCUUCCUGUGGAAGGUGGCAAUGUUGAGAGCAUUAACCCCCCAAAGGCGAAUGCUCAAUAUGCAGCCCCUGAUACCAAUACCACUGCUUCAAGUGCGCCCGACAUUAGCGCAGCAUUGGGUGUUGGGGCGACAAGCGAAGACCACAACGUUUUCCCGGCUGCUUUUGGCAGUCCGGACGAUCCACUUGCGCACCACUUUGCACCACGGCCACCUACACCACCCCAUCUACGAAAAGCAGACGUGACUGCGCCCAAGCGCGAAAGGUCUGAUUCCGUCAAAGAAUCGCAUGAGGAAGGUGGCCGACAUAAGCACAAAGUCUUUUUGCGCCUGACGAAAGAUGGCUGGCAGGAGUUGACUGCUGAACAAGAGGCAGAAUUCAAAGCCACGGAAGAGCGUGAGGCGGCGGAGCUUGCUGUUGCGAAGCAACAGUCUGGUGAAGAGAAAGAUUUGGGAAUUCCAGACGAAGUACAGGGAGAUGCUAAAGAACAGACUGAUCUGCACAGGCCUAGCACCGUAGCUGCUUGGACCUCGUACGCUGGGUCUCAGGAGCAACUUGCUGAAGAUGAGUCUGCAAGGUUGAUAGGGCAGAAUGCCAUCAAAACCCCUGAAUCUGCGGGCGUCCAACAGCCUGCUAAUGGAGGGGAAGCCAGCACCACUUUCUGGGGUAACUUUGCGGGUGAAUCUGAACGGAUCAAACUGAAGCAUGAAGAUGAAGAAUCGCUUCUAUGGUAUUUCGAUACUGCCGCAACUGACGAACUCAAAUCAUUGUAUGAUCGCGUAACACAUUCACCAAAUCACCCUCCUAAAUACUAUGGCAAUGUCCAAUCUAAGAGCACCAUUGAUCGUGCAACUCGAGGACAAGUUCAUGGGGAGAUCCGCCGAAUAUUUAGAGGCAAGCUUGAUAGUGAGACAGAACAUGACGGUCAUAUUGUUGUCAAAGCUAUGCCUAGACAGUCCUCAUUUCCUGGUAGAAGGCCAGCAAAGGAAAGCGCUACUAACAGAGACAAUGUGAGACCUGGUCGAUCUAAUAAACAGGCAUGGCAAAAGCCGAAGUCGAGAGAAUCUGGUGGAGAUUACCUACAUUUCACACUCCACAAAGAAAACAAGGACACCAUGGAAUCCCUCUCUUUUCUCAUCAAACAGUUAGGAAUUGGUACGAGACAUCUGCAAUUUGCGGGUACUAAGGAUCGUCGCGGAGUCACAGUCCAGCGGGCAAGUGUCUAUCGUGUCGCCUUGAAAGACCUGAUAAAAGCAGGCAAAACACUUAGAUCUGCUUUUGUAGGAGACUUUGAAUACCGUUCGCAGGGUUUGCAGCUCGGCCAUCUAGCAGGCAACGAAUUCACCAUUACUUUGCGAGAUUGCAAUUUUCACUAUCCCGAGGAAGCAGACGGUGCAACAAUACUCAAAGGCGUUCACUUAAUCAUUGGCGACUCAGUAAGGAAGUUCAGUAAGCAUGGCUUCAUCAAUUAUUAUGGCCUACAACGGUUCGGUACAUUUGGCAAAACCACGGAUAAUGUCGGUCUCGCAAUCCUCCAAGGGGAUUACCGAAGAGCUGUAGAUUACAUUCUGUCGUUCAGACCAGAGUGCCUCGAAGCUGAGGCAGAGGACACGCCAGCCAAAGAUCAGAUCGCGUGGGACGAUCGAGCUCGUGCGGAAGGCAUCCAUCAGUUUCUGACCACAGGUCGCUCAAACGACGCGCUCUCAAAUUUACCGAGGAAAUUCAGCGCUGAAAACGCUGUUAUUCGCCAUCUUGGUUCAAAGGGCCGAAGCAAAGAUUUCCUAGGGGCAAUACGUGGCAUACAGAGGAACCUUCGCCUGAUGUACGUUCACGCUUACCAGUCUCUUGUGUGGAAUCAUGCAGCUAGCGAGCGUUGGCGGCUUUUUGGUAGCAAGGUAGUGGAGGGCGAUCUCGUCAUAGUUGAGAAGGCGAAGGAAGACGGAAACAACGCAGAGGAGGUAGACGCGGAGGGCGAAGUUGUUGUUCAUGCGCCAGAAGAAGAUCGCGCUACGAAUACCAGUGACGAGUUCACACAAGCUCGUGCGCUCAGCAGGGAAGAAGCUGAGAGCGGCAAACACACCAUUUUUGACAUUGUUCUACCUACUCCAGGGUUUGAUGUUCAAUACCCUGCUAAUGCUAUUGAGGGUUUUUACCGUACGUUCAUGGCCAGCGAGCGGGGUGGUGGCCUUGAUCCUUACAAUAUGCGUCGCAGUUGGAAAGAUGCCAGCCUCAGCGGGUCAUAUCGUAACCUUCUGGCAAAGCCUAAGAAACCCGUAACUUUUGAUAUCAAAUAUUAUACGGAAGAAGACGAGCAGUUUGUUGAGACUGACCUGGACAAAUACUACAAGGCUCACCCAGAAGAGGACCACCGCUCGAACUCCCGCCGCGACUUGAACAACAUCAGUUCGACCAAAAUUGAGUCUCAAGAGAUGCAACCUCCGCAGGAGGCUACAACUGAUCCACUUCAUAGCAAUGUAGCGCCUACUCCGACCAUCACAGAACAACCGAUCGACCAACCUGUUUCCUCACAAAAUUCGUCGCCGAUAAAGAAUUCGGUCGCUACGCAUUCAACCGAUACUGACACGAGCGGUGGUGUCCGUCUUGAUUGGAAUGGGCACCCUCAAGAAGACCAGAAAAUUGCAGUGGUGUUGAAGAUGCAACUUAGUAGCAGCCAAUACGCUACGAUGGCGCUCAGAGAGCUCAUGAAGACAGGGGCAGUCAUUUGGAAGGGCGACUUCAGUAGUGGGCACUGA